UAUGUGAACAAAACAGGCUUAUGACCGCGUGCACUAGCUAAGGACAGUUCACUUUUGACUAACUCUGAUAAAAGAUUAAAUGUUAACUAAGAAGUAAAAUGAAAUCAAGUAAGUUCUAAACUUUUCAACAACUUGUGUCCAGUGAAGGAUCAUGUCACACGAGACUUUCCCCUUCACUUCUACCGCUUUACGCUCUCUGAGGCUGGAGCAGGACUUCCAGGAGUGGGAGGACGCUCGCCGAUCCCUGGCCCACCGCAGAGUCAUGAGCCGGGCCCCUUUACCCCAAGCCCCGAGACCCCCCCAUCGGACCCAGCGGCGGAUCCAGGAGGUCCGAGCCGCUCCCCCUCAAGUGCGAUGCAGAGACACGGCCGUUCACAACACCUUCAUGUGUGGAGACAUGAAGGGCGUGUACGCGGUGCUCAAAGACCCCGCGAUGGUCAACGCUCUGAUGGAGACGGAGCAGGACGAGAUGGUCUGGACUCCAGAGAUGGGAAUGUGGACGCUCAGCUCCAAAGUGAAACAGACCUCCGCCCUGCGCCUGGCUGCCAGCAGGGGGCACUCUGGGUGUGUGGAGGAGCUGCUGUUCAGAGGGGCGGAGGUGGACGCUGACCCAGGAGGCAGCACGGCGCUCCAUGACGCCUGCAUCGGGGGUCACUCUGUCUGUGUGCAGCUGCUGCUCGCUCACGGCGCCGAUCCAGAGGUGCUGUCGGCCGAUGGAUGCGCUCCGCUCCACCUGUGCAACUCCCCCCAGUCUUUACAAUGUGCUGAGCUGCUGUUAUCAGGUGGAGCAGAGGUGGACGCUCGCAUGAGAGACUCCAGACUGACCCCUCUGCACAUCGCUUCCCGCAGAGCUCUGGACAAACACGUUGACCUCUUCCUCUCAUACGGCGCCGACGUUUUGGCCACAAACCAGGAAGGAGAGACGCCCCUGAACGCAGCGUGCUCUGGAGCUGAGAGGCCAGCUGAGGCGGGCCGGUAUCUCAGAGUGGUCCAGAUGUUGUUGGAGGCUGGCGCUGAUCCUCAAACUGCGGGCAGAAAAAAGCACACUCCACUGCAUAACGCCUGUGCAAACUGCGCCCCCGAGAUCGCCAACGUGCUCCUGCAGAACGGAGCCAAGGCUGAUGUAGCCAACAGCGCUGGAUACACGCCAAUGGACUGUCUCCUGCAGGUGGUAGAAGAUUAUCCCGAUCAGCAGCCUGAGGAGAUCGCACGCUCCCUCCUGAACCACGGGGCUAAACCUGUUUGUCCAAAGAUGAUUAAGCUGUGUGUCCUUUCUCCUGCUACUGUGGAGGUGCUGUUAAACACAUACACACAGAUUCCAGUUUGUGAAUGGAUGGACUCCCUGCCCACAGACAUUUAUGAGGAGCACAGGAGUUUCUUUGAUGGGUUGAGGGAGCACACUGGCCAGUCUCGCUCUCUGCAGCACCUGAGCCGCUGUGUGUUACGGUCACUCUUUGGACCACGGUGCCUUUCUGUGGUCAGUAAACUGGACAUUCCCAGCUCUGUGAAGGACUAUCUGCUGCUUCGCUCUGACAGGACUCUGAGAUAAAAGAAAAAACACAAUUUCAACUGCACAUUAAAUAUUUUACAU